AGCCCCCUUGACAGAGCCCAAGCAGCCAAGAACACAGGAAACAAAUACUUUAAAGCAGGAAAAUAUGAGCAAGCUAUUCAGUGUUAUACUGAGGCUAUCAGUCUGUGCCCUCCUGAGAAAAACCUUGAUCUUUCUACCUUCUAUCAAAAUAGAGCUGCUGCCUAUGAACAACUGCAAAGAUGGACAGAAGUGGCACAAGAUUGCACAAAGGCUGUUGAGCUUAAUCCUAAAUACGUAAAAGCUCUCUUCAGACGCGCAAAAGCUCAUGAGAAGCUAGACAACAAGAAGGAAUGCUUAGAAGAUGUCACUGCAGUCUGCAUUUUAGAAGCCUUCCAAAACCAGCAAAGUAUGUUAUUAGCUGAUAAAGUUCUUAAACUCCUUGGAAAGGAAAAGGCCAAAGAGAAAUACAAGAAUCGUGAGCCUCUGAUGCCCUCACCACAGUUCAUUAAAUCCUACUUCAGUUCAUUCACAGAUGAUAUAAUCUCCCAACCUUUGCUUAAGGGUGAGAAAUCAGAUGAAGAUAAGGAUAAGGAGGGAGAAGCUUCUGAAGUAAAAGAAAACUCUGGCUAUUUGAGAGCAAAACAAUAUAUGGAAGAAGAGAACUACGACAAAAUUAUCAGUGAAAGCACAAAAGAAAUUGAAGCAAAGGGAAAAUACAUGGCAGAAGCUUUGCUUCUGCGAGCUACUUUCUACCUUCUUAUUGGCAAUGCAAAUGCUGCCAAACCAGACCUAGAUCAGGUCAUCAGCAUGGAAGAUGCAAAUGUGAAGCUCCGAGCUAAUGCUCUGAUCAAGCGAGGAAGUAUGUAUAUGCAGCAGCAGCAACCUGUGCUGUCCACUCAGGACUUCAACAUGGCUGCUGAUAUUGACCCUCAGAAUGCAGAUGUUUACCACCAUCGAGGACAACUGAAAAUACUGCUUGACCAAAUUGAAGAGGCUGUGGAAGACUUUGAUGAAUGUAUCCGAUUGCGACCUGAUUCUGCCUUGGCUCAAGCACAGAAAUGUUUUGCCCUGUAUCGCCAAGCUUAUACAGGAAAUAAUCCUUUGCCUGUGCAAGUGGCCAUGAAAGGCUUUGAAGAUGUCAUAAAAAAGUUUCCAAAGUGUGCUGAAGGCUACGCACUGUAUGCUCAGGCACUAACUGAUCAACAGCAGUUUGGCAAGGCUGAUGAAAUGUAUGAUAAAUGCAUUGACCUUGAGCCAGACAAUGCCACUACAUAUGUUCAUAAAGGUUUACUUCAGCUCCAGUGGAAGCAAGAUUUAGACAAAGGGUUAGAACUCAUAAGCAAGGCCAUUGAAAUCGAUAACAAGUGUGACUUUGCAUAUGAAACCAUGGGAACGAUUGAAGUACAAAGAGGUAAUCUGGAUAAAGCCAUUGAAAUGUUCAACAAAGCUAUCAACCUGGCCAAAUCUGAAAUGGAGAUGGCCCACCUCUACUCACUCUGUGAUGCUGCCUAUGCCCAGACAGAAGUUGCAAAGAAGUAUGGAUUGAAACCACCAACACUGUAAAGAAACGAGGAGGAAAUGACCUUCUAAAGUGAAGUUGCCCACUUCAGCCAGACUUAAAGACACUGUUGCAGACCAUGUUGAAUGGUGGAACUUAGUUUUUUUCCCGUUCGUGGUGUUGUCAUUCGCUACAUCCAUUAAAUGUUUAGGUGUUGUGGGAGUGACUGUUCAAGGAGGUAUGCAGUGUUGCAUAUUGUUCCUUCUGCAGCAAAAACCUUACAGCGUGUUAAAGGAAAAAAGAGUUGCAGGGGAACGAAAGGAAGAUCUUUUGGCCAUGCAAAUAAAAACUUCACACUG